AUGUGGUCUUCGGGGCUUUUGUGUCUGAUUGUGCAGGCGAUCGGUGCCUCUGCUCGCUCAGAGUAUCCCUCGCCCGAAGUGCUGCCGUCACCCCCCGGCUCUGGCAAGGGCAUCUGGAAGAAUGCAUACGCGAGCGCUAGAGACUUUGUAGCGCUGCUGACUUUGGAGGAAAAGGUCAACAUCACAGGGGGUGUCACGACUGACAAUGUCUGCGCCGGGAAUACCGGGACAGUGCCUCGUCUUGGAUGGCCGGGAAUGUGUUUGCACGAUGCGGGGAACGGUGUCAGGGCUACUGACCUGGUGAAUUCUUACCCUUCGGCUUUGCAUGUUGGUGCUAGCUGGGAUAAGAACUUGACGUACCAAAGGGGUUAUUACAUGGGCAAAGAGUUCAAGGCGAAAGGAGUAAACGUCUUGCUUGGCCCUAAUGUUGGUCCCCUUGGAAGGACACCUCUGGGAGGUCGAAAUUGGGAAGGCUUCUCUGUUGAUCCGUAUCUUACGGGUCAGUUGAGUGCCGAGUCCAUCAUCGGCCACCAAGACGCAGGGGUCAUUGCCAACGUCAAGCACUUUAUCGCCAACGAACAAGAGACCUUCCGACGUCCUUACUUCGGGAUAGAGGCAGUUUCCUCCAACAUCGAUGAUAAGACUCUGCACGAGUACUACCUCUGGCCCUUUGUCGACAGCGUCAGAGCUGGUGUCGCCUCGGUCAUGUGCUCGUACAAUCGCAUCAACAGCACAUACGGAUGCGAGAACAGCAAGCUGAUGAAUGGCAUUCUCAAGUCCGAGCUGUCGUUUGAUGGAUUCGUGCUUCUUGACUGGAACGCUCGACACAGCCUCUCAAGUGCCAAUGCUGGCCUCGACAUGGUGAUGCCUUUAAGGGGAAACUGGGGGGAGAAUCUUACAGAGGCUGUUAACAAUGGGACUAUCAGCGAGGAAAGAAUCACGGAUAUGGCUACUAGAAUUCUUGCAGCUUGGUAUCUCACUGGCCAGGAUCUCCAUUUCCCUACUCCUGGUAUCGGAAUGAAGAACCUCAGUCUCCCGCACGAACAAGUUGACGCACGUGUCCCCGAGUCGAAGCCGAUCCUCUUGGAGGGCGCCAUCGCUGGCCACGUCCUGGUCAAGAACGAAGACAGCGCGCUCCCUUUCCGCGAAUAUCCCAAGAUGAUUUCUGUUUUCGGAUACGAUGCUACCGUCCCCGAGACAAAGAACACGGAUAUUCUCUUCGAGCUUGGAUAUACGUCGUCGCCUGAAAUGGGCCAGGCUGUCCUUGGUAAGGAGGAGCAUUUCGACCAGGCGGCUAGAGGAGGAACUAUUGUCUCAGGAGGACGUGCUGCUGCCAACUCGCCGCCAUACAUCAGCGAUCCCCUCAGUGCCAUUCAGCAGAGAGCAGCCAAGGACGGCAGCUGGGUCAACUGGGAUCUUUCGUCCUUCAAUCCUGAUGUCAACGGUGCUUCUGAUGUUUGCUUGGUCUUCAUUAACGCCAUGGCCACAGAAGGCUGGGAUCGUGAUGGUCUUCACGAUGACUUUAGCGACGGUUUGAUCUUGAAUGUGGCAUCCAAGUGCGCCAACACCAUCGUUGUCAUCCAUGCUGCUGGCAUCCGUCUUGUCGAUCAAUGGAUCGAGCAUCCUAACAUCACCGCGACUAUCAUUGCUCACCUUCCCGGCCAGGACAGCGGAGAGUCACUGGUUAAACUUCUCUACGGUGAAGCUGGUUUCUCGGGAAAGCUGCCCUACACAAUUGCCAAGAACGAGAGCGAUUACACGCCGUAUGCUCCUUGUGGUCUGGAGCCAGGUAGCAAGGACCCGCAGUGCGAUUUUACUGAGGGUGUUUACCUCGACUACCGUUCGUUCGAUGCUCGAGACAUUACUCCGCGAUUCGAGUUUGGAUUUGGCCUCAGCUACACCGAGUUCGCGUAUUCCUCUCUCAAGAUUAGCAUCAAAGAUACUGCCUCGACUGAGGAUCUGUGGCAGACGAUUGCCACGGUCAAGGCCACGGUCACCAACGUCGGCCCGGUCUGUGGCGAGGAAGUGGCUCAGCUCUAUAUAGCCAUCCCCAAUAGCCCACCCAAACAGCUACGUGGCUUUGAGAAGCUGGCUAUCGAGAAGGGAUCAUCAGCUGAGGUCCAGUUUGAGCUGACUCGACGAGACUUUAGCGUAUGGGAUGUGGUGAAGCAGGAGUGGACUCUUCAGACUGGUAACUACACUAUUUUUGUGGGUGCGAGCAGUAGAAGUCUCCCUCUUGAGGAGAGCUUCAACCUUUGA